AUCUUUCAAAUACCCACAAUUUAUUUCCUACAAUGAAAAAUUCUAAUAAAACUGAGAAAAUAUGCUCGUGUCCCGUUGAAACCACAACAACACAUCGUGAACAUUUUUUGCCCUAUGGGAAAAUUACAAUGCCUAUAAGAGCCAAAUUGCAGAAACCUUGCGAUAUAGAAUUAAUAAGCGGUCACAUUGCUAAUAAUUUACAAUGGAAUAAUCAACAAAUUAAAAGUAAAAUAUGGCCAGAGAUGCAAUUGAACGCUGAAAAUUAUGAAGAUUUUUUAAAACGUUUUAAAUAUUGCAAAAAAGAUUUAUUUAAACUUUAUAUCGAAUCACCAAAAACAGACAAGAAAAUAAUUGAUGAAAUCUUUAAAAAUAUCAACAAGACAUCGUAUCAACUUGUAUUCUCACCUGAAGUAUUUACUCCAUCGACUGAAAAGAGACGUUUUGCAAAAUUAGAGAAACAACCAGUUCGUAUGAAGUAUGAGGAGACAACAUAUCGUACAUAUUUUGAACGUAUUAAAGAAUUGGAAAAUUUUAAAGAAAUAUGGCAGGGAGUGGCAUUAAAGGAAAAUAAACUUGAAUUAAAAAAUGAUUUAAAAAAAAUUCUUCAUUGUGGUCGUACUACAUAUCACGAUGAAAUAUCAUUAUUGGGUAAACUCUACACAAAGCCAACAAUGCCGGGUCCAAUUGAUCGUUAUACAUUGAGAAAAAUCUAAAUAGAAUUGGUAAUAAAAUACUUACACUUUUUCCCAUUCAUGAAAUAAUGGCAAAAUUUUUGUUGAAUGGGGAACUGGUACAAAAAUCAUUGAGUAUUUGAGAAAAAUAUUAGUGUCCUGAAAAUUAAUUACAAUAAUGUAUUAUCAUUAGACGUUAAUAUUAAAAUAAACAUUGUAUUGAAUUCAACUAA